AGGCCUGAGGCUGAGGGCUAGUCAGCUAGCUUCCUCCCACUUUUAAUUCUUUGUCGCCCUCCGAAACCGCGUGGAGCCCUUCUCCUUUCUUCUUUAAUAGCAACACUAAAAAGCGAACCCAAGCCAAAUCCACACGGACGUGAAACUCGCGGCUCAAGUGCAGUGAAAUUCUGUUUUCAAAUCCGACCUGUCUUACCAGUUACCACUACUCUCUCCCUCCUCAGAGGAGUAAAGUUGCCACAGCCAUUCCCCCAAUCAAAACUAUUAAGCCGCUUAAGUAGAGACAGAGAGACAGAAACACAACAGAGUAUAGGAAGGACAGAAAGAAAGAGAGAGAGAGAGAGAGAGAGAGAGAGAGAGAGCCAAAAAGAUCAUCUUGGAACAUAUCUAAAAUUUUGCCUCCAAGAUCUUCACUUCUGUGGUUGACAUCCCGUCGCCGGAGACAGCAGCUUACGGCCUUUUGAUGGACUGACAACUGCUUGCAGGUGAGUUGGGUCUGGCUUAAGGUGUAGAAGAUGGCUAUAGCUGAUGAAAAAACUUCCAAGGAGGGCAAGGUUUGGAGCCUCUGUCGAAUGCCCUUUUGGCAAUCGGGAAAUGCUUCUUCUUCCUCGUCUUCUCAUAAUCUUCACCAGCAGAAUCAUCACCAGCAACAUGUCGAUGGUUCCCAUCCUCAUUCAUUGAACACGGUUUCAUCCGUGGCAAGAUCUUUGCUCCCAACUAGGCGUCGUCUCCGUCUCGAUCCGGCCAACAAGCUAUACUUCCCAUAUGAACCUGGUAAACAGGUCAGAAGCGCCAUUAGGAUUAAAAACACCAGCAAAUCUCACGUAGCUUUCAAGUUUCAAACAACUGCACCAAAGAGCUGUUUCAUGCGUCCUCCAGGGGGUAUACUAGCUCCUGGUGAAAGUCUUAUUGCAACUGUGUUCAAAUUUGUGGAGCAUCCAGAGAACAAUGAGAAACAAUUAGAUCAGAAGUGCAAGGUGAAGUUUAAGAUUGUGAGCCUAAAGGUGAAAGUUGGCAUGGAUUAUGUACCUGAGCUGUUUGAUGAGCAGAAGGACCAAGUUGCAGUGGAACAGAUUCUGCGGGUUGUAUUCUUAGAUGUGGAACAUCCCAGCCCUGCAAUGGAAAAAUUGAAGAGACAAUUGGCUGAGGCGGAGGCUGCACUUGAGGCACGCAAGAAACCUCCUGAAGAUACAGGCCCUCGAAUUGUUGGGGAAGGACUUGUGAUAGAUGAAUGGAAAGAGCGCAGAGAAAGAUACUUGGCCAGGCAGCAGGUUGAAGGGGUUGAUUCAGUGUAAAGUGCUAUUACUUGUUGUAAGACUUUCGUUACUUUUAGAUAUUUCUAUUGUACUGUCAAUGAGGAAUUUAUCAUUUUCCAUCCCCUGUUGUCUUUGGAUUUAUAGUGAAGGGGGGAUUUGUCAAGAGGUUAAGCUAGAAAACAAUAAUUUGUUUUUGUUGUGGUGAAAAUUGAGAUGAACUUUGGUGGAAUUUACUGUACUUGAUUCUGGGCAUAUGUCCUUGUAGAUAACGAGAUUUUGCUUAUUGAAAUAAAAUUGUUGUCUGGGAAGCAAUGCACCCAGGUCAUUGUUUUGAUUUCUCAGCAA